GAAAAAUCAGAUCUGUCUUGUUCCUUAUUUUGCCUCGCUUUCUUUCUCCUCUGUCUGAUUAUCUCUCUUCAUAUACUGAAAUUACAAAACCCUAAAAUAACAGAAAUUAAUUUACCCAAUCACUUAAUUUAAUCUUCAAUUCGUAACCAUAAUCAACUCACAAACCUCAUUAAUUUCUCAAUUUUAAUUUCACUCUCGUGCAAUGGUGGUCUGCAAAUGCCGCAAGGCUACCAAACUAUACUGUUUCGUGCACAAGGUUCCGGUUUGUGGGGAAUGUAUUUGCUUCACGGAGCACCAGAUAUGCGUGGUUCGGACAUACUCUGAGUGGGUAAUAGAUGGCGAGUAUGAUUGGCCUCCCAAUUGUUGCUCAUGCCAAGCUGUGCUCGAAGAGGGGAAUGGUUCUCAGACCACUAGAUUGGGUUGCCUACAUGUUAUACACACGGACUGUUUGGUUUCACAUAUCAAGAGCUUUCCUUCGCAUACUGCACCGGCUGGAUACAUAUGUCCUUCAUGUUCAACAUCGAUAUGGCCUCCUAAGAGUGUUAAAGAUUCAGGAUCUCGUCUUCAUUCAAAGCUGAAGGAAGCUAUCAUGCAGACUGGCCUAGAAAAGAACUUAUUUGGAAAUCAUCCAGUUUCACUUCCAGCACCACCUCCUGCAUUUGCCUCAGAUCCACUGGUUUCUAUUUCUUCAUCACCUUCAAUGACAAAUAAUGAAAUAAGCAUAGCCGAUGGAAAAGGGCUUCCUAAAAUUUCAGUGACAGAUAUUGUGGAGAUUGAAAGCCCCAGUUCAGCGGGAAACUAUUUAAAAAGCUCAAGUCCUGUUGGUCCUGGUGCUACAACAAGAAAGGGCGGUAUCCAUGCCGACAUGCAAAAUUCAGAAUCUGUAUAUUAUGCAGAUGAUGAAGAUGGGAAUCGCAAAAAGUACAAUCGUAGGGGCUCAAUCCGCCACAAGUUCCUUCGAUCAUUGCUUCCCUUCUGGUCAAGUGCAUUACCAACUUUACCAGUAACUGCACCUCCACGUAAGGAUGCAUCAAAUUUAGAUGAUGUCUCAGAAGGUCGAACACGACAUCGCUCAUCAAGAAUGGAUCCACGAAAAAUCCUUCUCUUUAUAGCAAUUAUGGCCUGUAUGGCAACUAUGGGGAUAUUGUAUUACAGAAUUGCACAACGGGGAUUCGGGGACGAGCAGGCAGAAGAUGAACAGCGGUAAUUACGACAUAAGGUUGAUGAAAUUUGAUAUCACCCAUUGUAUACCUUUUUAUGCUUAAUUGGUGAUAAGCGGUUCAUUUAUCGUUUCUACUUCUCAUGUAUGGCUCAUCCCAUGUUUGCAUCCGUUUUUUGUUUCUAUGGUUUACAAGUGAAUGUACAAGGGGGUUGAAAUGAAUUUUUAAUUGUUACAUAAUCAAUCUUGACCGUGUUCCUCUUAGGCGGGUUCCUUCUUUCGGUGUUGAAUUGGAAAGUUAGGUUAUACGAAAGAUGCUUUUGUUUUAAUUAGAUUAUAUAUAUGUAAUUAUUUGUUCACGA